AGAGGAUUGAGGCAAAGAGAAUUAAGAUGUCCAGCCAGCUCGCACAUCUGUCCCUUGUUGCUCAGACAAAUGCAAAACAUACAGCAUCAGUGAUAUUUAUGCAUGGAUCAGGAGGAACAGGGUCGAUGGUCAAAGAGAGUAUGAAGAUAUUGUUUGGGAGGAACUUCUCCUUCCCCCACAUUCGUAUUCUGUAUCCUACAGCUCCAGAACGUGCCUAUACACCAUCCUUUGGAAUGCGCCAGCAUGUGUGGUUUAACAGACAUGAUGUGGAAAUCAGUGCACCAGAGGACCUAUCAACUGUUGAACCCAUGGCAGAAGAAAUCAACAAGCUGAUUGAUCAAGAAGUCAGACUUGGAGUCGACAUUAAACGAAUAGUAUUAGGGGGUUUCUCUAUGGGAGGGAGCAUGGCUUUACAGAUGGGCUAUCGUUUCCGUCCUGAAGUUGGAGGUAUAUUUUCACUUUCAUCAUUUCUGAAUCGUGGAUCCAAAGUAUAUGAGGUUUUGAAGACAUCACAAGAUACAAAUUACCCACCACUCUUCAUGUGCCACGGAGAGAGAGAUGACGUGGUUCCUUACGAAUGGGGUGAUGAGACCUUUAGGGAUCUGCGGGAAUUACAAAUUAAAGGAGAAUUUCACACUUUCCCACGGAUGUUCCAUACUCUGUGCAAGAAGGAACUCGAGAUGCUCCAUCACUGGCUCUUACAGAUUUUGCCAGACGUAUAGAUCAUAAAAUUUUUAUUGCAUUUAAUUGUAUUAUUUAUUGAUAAAGUAGAUUUGCAUAUUUUUUGUUUUUUAUUGAUAACUAGCCCGUAUAUGGGUUCCUAGGCAGCAUUUAGAACAAAUUUUAUAUUUUUUAUUUGUUUAUGAAUUAUGUUGGAAUGUUUUGAACAUUUACAAGAGGUUAUAAGUGGUGUAAGUUUCAAAUUUGUUAAGUACAUGUAUAUUUAUAUAAAUUUUACAAAAAAAA